GCUCAAGUCGAAGAAUACCUCAAAGAGGUCAAUAGAGGAGGCCAUGAUGAUGGAGCCAUCAUGCUGGACGAGCCUGACAUUAACCUGGGCGACCUUCCAUUUCCCGCUGAUAAUAUCAGCCAGGCCAACACUUCUAGCACCGCAUCAGAUCCAAAUCUGUCCUUUGACAUUCCAAACUUUGCUGGCCAAGAGGAUGGUACUGGCACCUUUAUGAAUGGUCAGUUAAUGGGGCUAGGCAUGUCUGAGACACUGCCUCCCUUUGAGGUGAUUGAGGAAUUGCACAACGUCUACUUCUCGACACAUUAUCACUUUCUUCCCAUUAUUCACUCUGGCCGCUACUAUCAGUCAUUUUAUGGACCGCCAACGAGAAAACCACCAAUGUGUUUACAGUACGGAAUCUGGGCAUACUCUGCUAGCGGUCAUGCCAAGUACGACCAGUAUGCCGAAGCUUUCUACAAAAGAGCACGGCAGUACAUAGAAGCGGAUGAGAUGAGAAGCGACGGCGAACAUUUUGUUACAGUAAAUCACGCUCAAGCAUGGGCCAUCAUUGCCAGCUAUGAGGCUAAAACGAUGUUGUUCACAAGAGCAUCCAUGAGUGCCUCUCGCUAUGUUCGGCUUGUCCAGAUGCUUGGGCUGGAUAGGCUUGAUAGAGAAGGAGAUGAUAUUCCCCCUACGCUCGGCCCGAUUUCUAACUGGACAGAGCUCGAAGAGCGGAGGAGAGUUUUUUGGGGUGCAUUCGCAAUUGAUGCACAUGCGAGCAUGGCAACGGGCUGGGCAAAUAUGAUUAAAUCUGAAGAUGUCAUGACGCGCCUUCCAGCCUCCGAAGAAGCAUUUGUGUCAGGAAAUGAAGAGAAAACCGUGUUUUUGGAAGAAGUAUUUACGGGAGCGCCCUUUGAGAGCUUUUCUGGCGCCAUUGUUAUCUGCGAGGUCUUCAAGAUUAUCUUGCGACACGUGCACGGGGCAAAACCUUCUGAUCACGCCGACGAUCUGUUAAACGGCCAGUACUGGAAGCGCCACCGCGAUCUCGACAAUAAGCUAUCGAGUCUUUUCAUGUUUCUACCCGAGAAAUUUCGCCUACCGCAAAGGAUCGGAGACCCGGCUGCGGUGCAUGCAAAUCUGAAUUUGCACGCUUCCAUCAUCUGCCUCCAUCAUGCUGCCAUUGAGACUGCGGAGAAGUAUGGCUUCAACGAAAACAUUAAACAGAGCAGUCUAUGCAGGCUAAGGGCUGCCGCCGAAGAGAUUGUCAAUAUUAUCAAAAUGACGUCUCACCACACCUCAUUUUUCAAAACUCAGCUUUGUGCGCUCUCCUUGUAUUGCGCUACGACUGUAUACGUUUAUCUGGCCAAGGAUGAUCCUGUGGCUGGCGUGACUCCCAUCGACGUUUCUAACCUGGAAAUCAUUAUCAACGCAAUGGAGGCUAUUGGUCGCAUUCACAUGGUUACAACGGCCUUCCUACAGCAAGCGUGUCUUGAUAUCGAGCGAAAUGGCUUGACGUCAAGUCUCAAACUGCCAUCUCUAUCGAAAUAUCGCGACCUUUUCGGCGGCCCGGCGUCCAGUAUCCCUCUACUAGCUCGAAGCUCGAUUUCGAAGCAUACUGAGAUGUCACCACCGUUGCCCGGAAGGCUGCCUCUUGGUAUGCCUAAAGGAAAUAGGCGGCCGGCUGGUUUGAGAAUGAGCAAGCCCCUUAGCUCUCUUACAGGCGUCCAGCCGGAGAUGCAUCACACAAUAGACUGCUUCAAUGCUAUUCUCGGCGCCGUUACCCGAAACGUGGCGCCAAAACAGUCCGCUCCUGUUAGCAACAAGCGGAGGCGUGUAGCUGUAAGCCCUGUGCCAGAGUCGGUCAUGACGGGUAACUCUAAGGAAUCUGGGACAUCGGCGGCCAGGAACUUCCGCUACAACCUCAGUGGGGGACGUGCAGAUACCUCUACACACCAUCUAUGGCCUCAGGGGGAUAUGGAGUUGAAUAUUCAAGGUGUUGUCGACCCGAUUUUUGCACUUCCGGACCGCACCACUUCAUCAGAGUCAUCACCAGCACAACGCGGAACAGAGCCCUUUUCAGGUAGCAGCAAUACGUCACCCGGCCUUGGCCUUGGAAACACACCCGAAGAAAAUCGUAUAGAUCUUCGGCAAUUCCAAGGCCGCGUUGCGACGCCGAUUUGGCAAAGCACGGAAGAGGGGCUUUUCAACCACAUUACAGAAACAAUUGCUCAAUUUUCGGGAGAUGGCGAUGAUCCCUGGGCGAUUUUAAACGGAGAGAAUAGCGAAAAGAUGUUUUCAUACAUCGUCGGCCUAUUCGCCAUCCUUGUCCUCGUCGCAAACCCGAUAAGCCAAUACUUGUUUCCCCAGAUCUCUCGUACGAAGACCUCGCUGUCACCAAGGCCGCAGCUAAAUGAAUCGCUGCUGGCCAUAGAUGUAGCGAAUGCGAGCGUGCCGGAUUGUCCUGCUGACGCGUAUGGCGCGCGGAUUUUGAGCCGGGAGCCUCUGGUUGUGUAUUUGGAAGGGUUUUUGAGUGAGAGUGAGAGGAAGCAUUUGCUUGAGAUUAGCGAGCCCAUAUUUGAACCGUCAACUAUCACUGAUGACUCUAGCUCUACGCAUCGUGACAGUACUAUCCGAGACUCCGCUGUUGCUCUUUUGCCGCGGACAGACAUUGUUCGCUGCAUCGAGGCUCGCGCAAAGGCUUUCCAGGGCUGGCGACGAGAUUUGUGGAUUGAGCGCCUCCGAACUCAGCGAUAUGUCGCUGGUGGGCACUAUAACCAUCACUUUGACUGGAGCCGCAAUGCAAACGGGUGGGGUCGAGUGAGCAGCUUCAUGGCCUGGAUUGAUGCCGCAGACGGAUUGGAAGGCGGAGGAACAGAAUUCCCAUUGUUGGAAACUAUUACGGAGGGCAAUAGGUCGAAGUGGUGUGAGUUGGUCGAAUGCGAGGACGAGGGGGCUAUGAAUGAUGAUGGCCAAAGAGAUCAGAAGAAGCUUGGUGAUGAUGAAGAAGAAGCUGGUGGAAAGGGGACGACUUUUCGAGUUAUUCCUGGAAAUGCGGUGUAUUGGGAGAAUUUUGCAUCCGAUGGCAGGGGAUAUGAUGAGACGUGGCAUGCUGGUUUGCCGGUGAAGAAAGGAGUCAAAGUCGGACUGAACAUUUGGAGUUUUGGACGGAUCGAAUAA